GUAGUGGAUGGUGGUAGUGGUGUAGUGGGUUAGGUUUAGUGGAGUAGGUUUAAGUGGGUGAAGUAGGUGAUAGGUUUUAACACCCUCUGACAAAGCAUUCUUGCCUACUUGGUAUGUGGGAGGCUUUCUCUCCCGAUUGGUCCUCUUGUUUCUAAACCAAGUUUGUUUAAAGGCCUCAGCUGCAGAUGUCAUCCAACAGUUGUCGGGUCCACUACUUGUUCGAAUGAUCCAUACCAGGGAGGGAUCUAGGAUUGCGAUGCUUUGUAUCAAGCAUGGGAGUGCAAAGGAAAGGAGGAAAAUCAUCAAAGGAAUGAAAGGUCACGUGGGCAAGAUAGCUCACGAUCAAUAUGGGAGUAUGGUGCUUGCCUGCAUCCUUUCAAUUGUUGAUGACACUAAACUUGUAACGAAGGUUGUCAUUUGUGAGCUUCAAACGAUGUUGAAGGAGCUCGUUCUGGAUAAGAAUGGAAGGCGUGCAUUAUUGCAACUACUUCAUCCCAAUUAUCCCCGCUAUUUCAGUCCUGAUGGUCUGGUUUCUUUGAAUCUUACUAUUCCUUCUCUCUGCACCAAGGGUGAAUCAGACUUAAAUUCUGACUCAAAUAAGAAGAAGAAAACUUUAGAGGUUGGUAAAGAUGGUGAAGAGAACAGUGGCACAGAGGAUGUUAUAGUUGAGUCUAACAAAAGUACAACCCCUGGUGAGAGCACUGACUUAAUUGAUGGUGGGAAAAAGGAUCAUCUGGUUCGAAGACAAGAGUUGUUGGUCAAUAGUGGUCUUGCUGAGAGUCUCAUUGAUGCGUGCGUUGAGAGUGCAGGAGAAUUACUUGGUUCCAAUUUUGGGAAAGAGAUUAUUUAUGAGGUUGCAACUGGGGGUGCCGGUGGCAUUCUCCUCUCAACAUUGGAUACAAAUUUGGAUGCCUUGCAUCGAGCUAUAGCAUCACUUGUUGCAGAGCCUAAAUUAGAGGACUCAGAAGAAGAGAAUCUCCUUGAAAAUUUCCAUUCUAGCAGGACAAUUAGAAGACUGGUUUUAGAUUGCCCUGCCUUUGCUUCCACCCUAUGGAAGAAAGCGGUAAAAGGGAAAUCUGAAAUGUGGGCCCAACGUCACAGUUCUAGGAUAGUUUGUGCAUUCUUGGAAUCUUCAGAUUCUGUAGCACGUGAGCUGGCUAAAAAAGAACUGCAACCCCUAAUAGACAGUGGUAUGCUUAAAUUACCCGAGAAAAAGCUGUCAGCGAAGGAAGAUUGAAGUCAGUAAAUGCAGUAAGACGAAAACUGCACCUCAAUUGAACAAGCACGGCAAGCUCUGUUUGGGUCUAUGGCCGAGUCACCUUUGUAUCAUUUUUACUUAAAAAAGUCAUUUUCUCUUAGUGUUCUUGAAUGACCAAAAGUGUAUCUGAUUGCAUUUUGGUUGGGAAAGGAAGUGGAAGUUUUGUAAGCAUAUUUCGAGUAAAUUACAGUCAAUUAUUUAACGAAUUUCACUUUUUAAGCUGCAAUUGCAUGUUUAUUACAAUGAAA